GGGAAGGUCAUUAUAUAUAUAUGUGCAAAUGCUUUUGAGGUAGGAUCACUCAUGAGUAUCUCUCCUACUAUUAAAAAAAUUUCCUUCAUACAUUGUUCUUGGGCUGUUGAAGAAAUAUAAGUGUUGAAACAAGUCGGAGAUCAGCCAGCAAUGGGUGCCGGUGGGAGAAGUAAUAUCGCGAGCAUAAAACCGCGAGGAGGAGGAGGAGGAAGAGUCACCAUUCGCCGGGCUCCUAACUCGAAACCACCCUUCACCUUAAGUGCACUCAAGCAAGCCAUCCCACCACAUUGUUUCCAACGGUCCCUCUUGAAAUCUUUCAUCUAUCUAAUCUAUGACCUUACACUAGCAUCUGUCUUUUACUUUAGUGCCACUUACAUCAUUCCAACUUUAGCUUAUCCUCUCCCUUUGUUGGCUUGGCCCAUAUAUUGGGCCUUGCAAGGCUGCAUUCUCACAGGUGUUUGGGUCAUAGCCCAUGAAUGUGGCCAUCAUGCAUUUAGUGACUACCAACGAGUCGAUGAUACUGUGGGCCUAAUACUUCAUUCCUUCCUUUUGGUCCCAUACUUCUCUUGGAAGUAUAGCCACCGUCGCCAUCACUCUAACACCGGGUCGUUGGACAGGGAUGAGGUGUUUGUGCCCAAGCCCAAGUCCAAAAUAUCAUGGUAUUCUAAGUACUUGAAUACACCACUGGGCCGUUUGGGCUCCCUUAUAGUCACACUCAUGUUGGGUUGGCCAUUGUAUUUACUCUUUAAUGCAUCGGGCCGCCCUUAUGACCGCUUUGCUUGCCAUUAUGACCCAAAUGGGCCUAUUUUCUCGAGCCGAGAGAGGGCUCAAGUUAUGGUAUCUGAUUUGGGUUUAAUAGGGGUACUAUUUCUCUUAUACAAGGUUGCUAUGGCUAAAGGUCUAGCUUGGUUGAUUUGCAUUUACGGGGUUCCACUUUUGGUCGUAAAUGGCUUCCUCGUAACCAUAACAUACCUCCAACAUACUCACCCGUCAUUACCCCACUACGACUCGUCCGAAUGGGAUUGGCUAAAGGGGGCUUUGGCCACUAUGGACCGCGAUUAUGGGGUGAUUAACAAGGUGUUUCAUAACAUAACAGAUACUCAUGUUGCUCAUCAUUUGUUCUCUACUAUGCCUCAUUACCAUGCAAUGGAAGCAACUAAGGCAAUCAAGCCUAUUCUUGGGGAAUAUUACCAGUUUGAUGGUUUGCCAUUUUACAAGGCGCUAUGGAGAGAGGCUAAGGAAUGUUUGUACGUUGAGCCAGACGAAGAUUCGCACGAAAAAGGCGUCUUUUGGUACAAAAAUCAAUUCUAAUAGUUGAAGGUUUUGUACUGUUUAAGUAGUAGUUCCCAAGAAAUUACAUAAUUGUAGUGAUUAAUAUGUUUUACUCGUGCUAUUGAUGAGAUACCCAAAGUAUUUCUGUGUAUGUUUGUUUCAAGCACUAAAACCGUUGUAUGAAAAUAUGAAGUAACCACUAUGAUCUCACUAUUCUAAGUGAAAACUCUUUGCGUUGUUCGUCUCUUUUUAUUUACUAUUGGCAGAAAAAUGUCUA